AUGGAUCAAAAUGGAAGUAUAAUAGAAGUAAGAGGGAAUAACCUGUUAGUAAAUCAAAUAAUAAAUAAUGAAAAUGACAAAAAUUAUAAGAUACAAUUUUUCAAAUUAAAAUCCAAAAGUGAUAAAUUGAGACAAUAUGAACUUAGAAGUGCACUAACAUUAGAAUCUUUUUCUAAAGGGUAUUUAGAAAGCGAAUCAAAUUUAUUAUUACUUUCUGAUAAUUCAUUUUAUACAUAUAAUACUGAGAAUAAGGAAAAGACACCUUUAGUAUAUUUAAACGAUUGUGACCCUAUAGAUUUUGUAUAUUUAAAAAAAGAUAUAAUAUUUAUUAAAAAAGAUAAUAAUUCUUUAUAUUAUACUAAUAUGAAUGGGGAUUGUAGUGUUUUAUUAAAAUUAAUAGAACCUCCAUUAAAAUUAAAUUUUUGUUAUAAUAAUAAAAAUGUUAUAUAUUUAAAAACAAAUAGUAGAUUAUAUUUUUUAAAAUGCGCAUAUUUAAAAGAUAAAUCUUUGAAAUUAAAAAAUACUAAUAUGAGUCUUCCAUCGAGGAAUAAAAUGGAUACAGAAGAAUAUGCAUUCCAUUCAUAUAAAAACCAUUUAUAUAAAAUUAAAAAUGAAUAUAAGCAAGUAAUACAUGUAUGUAGUUACACAAAUAAAGAAGUUAUUAUUUACAAAUUUGUCAAGGGUGUGUUUAAAAAUAAAAAAAAGUGUUUAGCUAAAUUGUAUAUAGAUAAAUUAAAUGGAGAAAAUAUAAAGGGGGCAUUUUUUUUUAAAGUAAAUACUGGGAUGGCUACUAACACAGAUGUUUUAAAAAGUUUUAAUGAUACAAAUACAAAUAUAAUUGAAGAAAACAACGAAAUAAAUGAAACAAAAAAUAAUGUGAUUGGUAAGAUGAAAGAAGGUGAAGUCGAUGUGCCUAAUAAUUCUGAUAAUGAAAAAAAAAAAGAAAACAGUAUAAAAUUAUAUUUACUAGUUUUUAGUGAAAAUGGGAAAGUUUUAAUUUAUUUUAUAGAUUAUUUAAAUCAAGAAAAAUUUAAAUUUGGACUUGUGCACAUAAACAAUGCAAAUCCAAUUAUAUAUAUAGCUUUACCAUUCAAGACAGUUAGCAUAAAUAAUGUUACUGAUAUGUUUUAUAAUAGAGUAAUAAAACAGAAAAAUAUAAUUCAAAAAAAAAAAAAAUUAUCAAACAAUUUUAAUAAAUAUAUGGAACAUAUAUCAAAUAAAGAAAAAUAUAUAAAUAGUAAUUUUUUUAUGGAUACACUUUUAAUGAAUGACAACAUGGCUACUAUUUAUACUAUACAAAUUCAUCACGAUUUUUUAUAUGAUUUAGAAACUAAUUAUGAAACAAAUUCUCUAAGUAUAGUAGAUUCUAAUAAUAAAAUUAUUGGGAUAAAAUCUUCAAUGGAUAUAAGUGAUAAAAAAAAUGUAUUAAAUAAAAUAAUAAAUCAAUCCAAAUUCUCUUGUUAUUCUGAUAGUGAUUCAUAUAUUGAUAGUGACAUAACGUGGAAUAACAGUGACAAAAAUAUUGAUGAUGCAUAUUUUUGUAGUGAUUAUAGUUCAGAGGACGAACAAAUAAAAAAGGGGAUGACUGAUUUGGAGAAAACUCAGGAAAAUAAAGAAAGUAAAACUGAAGAAAAUAAAAUAAAUACAAUAAACCAUGAAGAAACCACUAAUCCAACUAAUCAAUGCGAGGAUACAAAAUUAAUGGAAAUACAAAAAUUUGAAAGUAUAAAAAAUGAGCAAGAUGGCUUUAUUAAUAAUAUAAAUAGUGAAAAAAAUGAUAAUAAUAAUGUAAAGCAGACAGAAGAUAUCGAAUAUAAUAAAGAUAACGAACGGGAAUGUGCAGAAAUAAAAAAUGAUAAUCAUAUUGAGAACAAUCAAAAUGAUAUUUCAGAAAAUGGAAUAAAUUAUUACGUAAAAAAAACUGAGACAUUAUCUGAUUCUACAGAAUAUAAUAAUUCAAGAGAAAUUUCGAAUUUAUCUGCUCAGUCCAUAGAAAGUGCAAAUACCUUCAGCCCGUUGUCCUUUUUGGUUAAUGAAAAUGAAACUGAUGAACAUGAAACCAAUCAAGAGGUAACGCAAAUUGAAGAAGAAAAUGUGGCAUCGUAUAGGAAGGGGAAAGAAAGAAACAACAAAAAUGGGGAAGAUAAUGAUGAAGGAGGGGAAGAAGAUGAGAAGAGAGAGGAAAGGGAAAAUGAAAGGAAGGAAGAAAAAAGAGAAACAGGGAAAAAAGAAAAUGAUGGAAAGGAAAGAGAGAGAGAAAAAGAGGAAAGUGACGAGAACGAAAGCAAUCAUUCAGAGAAUGAUGACGAAGAAGAAAACGAAGACGAUCAAAAUGAGGAAAAAAAAAAAAAAAAAAAAAAAGGUAACGAUGAACAAGUAAAUGGUGGCAUAGUACAUAGUGAAGAAUGUACAAAAUUAAAAAAAAGAAAAAAAGAAAGUGAUGAAGAAAAUGAAACGCUAGAAAAAAUUAAAAAAUCUAAGAAAAUAAGAAAUAAUAAAGCAGAAAAAGAUGAAGUUGAUAACAUAUUGCCAAAUGAUAAAAUAAACCAAAAUAAUAAUAUUGAAACCGUGAAUAAUGAAUAUAAUUUAUUACAUCAAAGUAAUCAAAUAGACAAUUAUAUUAAUCCUGGUGAUAACAAUUUAAAUAAUAAUUUUAUAGUUGUGAGUUCUAUAAUUAAGAUGAAUUUAUCUUUAAAAAGAUAUAAAUCAUUGAAGGCGAUAAUUAAUAAAAAUUAUUGUAACACGAUUUAUGAUACUAUAAAAAAUCUUGGAAAAAAAUAUUCUAUAAAAUUAUUAGAACAUAUUUUAAAUAUGCUAACUGCAGAAUGUUUUCUAAUUAUAAAUGCACUCCCAUGGAUUAAAGCUAUAUACGAAAUAUAUGGUGAUACGCUAAGACGAAAAAAACAUCGAAUAUUAGUUACUAAAUUAUCUGAACUUACAGACUUAAAUAUAAAAUGCAAGUAUAUGGUAGAAUUAGUUACGAAUAAAAUUAAUUACAUAAUUAAUAAUUUGAUGAAAAAUAAUACCGAUAAUCCAGAUAUAUUAACAUACAAAAAUGGAACUAUAAUGAAAUAA